ACUUGGGCGUUGGACUCCGCAUCUUAAUAGCAACAAGGGAAAUUUCUCCAUUUUGCAGCCUGUCUGCAGCGACACGGCCACCGAUCUGGGAUUUUAUUACUUGUCCCUAACCUGUCAGCUUUUUCCUGCUACUCUGAAAAAGCCAUCAGUCGCUCUCAACUGGACUUUGCUUUUGCGUUUCCUCAAGUAAACUUUUUUUCUCUUUGUGCAGAGAGAAAGAGAGAGAGAGAGAGAGAGGGGAGACAGCAGAGAAGAGCUUUGCGUUUCAACAAAGAGGCUUGUGGGGUCUUUGUUCGCUUUUUUUUUUUUUUUUUUUUGUUCCUGUGUGUGGGGAUCGGUUGAGUUUCUUUGUUGGAGCUAAAAGCAUGGGAGCGCAAUUGUCCAGGACAGCUGGAAAGGCUGAAAUCUCGGCUGAAAAGCCCGGAGAGGCUGCUGCUGCUGCUGCUUCACCCACCAAAUCCAACGGACAGGAAAAUGGACAUGUUAAGGUGAACGGGGACGCCUCUCCCGCGGCAGCCGAGAACGGCAAGGAGGAGGUGCAGGCCAACGGCAGCGCUGCCGCCGAGGAGAGCCCCAAGGAAGAGGCCGUCAAGGCGGAGGAUGCCCCCGCCGAGAAGGAGGCUGCGGAUGGGGAGAAGGUAGAGGCGGUGUCCCCUGCUCCCGCGGAGGGAGAGGCUGCAAAGGUGGAGGAGGACGGCGCCGCCGCCGCCACCCCGUCCGCCAGCAGCGAGACCCCCAAGAAGAAGAAGAAGCGCUUCUCCUUCAAGAAGUCGUUCAAGCUCAGCGGCUUCUCUUUCAAGAAGACCAAAAAGGAGACGGGGGAUGGAGCUGAGGGCGAGGAGGCGGUCGCUGCCGAUGCACCCACAGAGGAGGCCAAGGCCGAGGGCACGGAGGAGGCCAAGGCGGCGGCCAGUGAGGAGUCCAAGCCCGCUGAGGGGGAGGAUGCACCUGCCGCGGAGCCCGCCAAGGAGGAGGUAGAGGCCAAGCCAGAGGUGGCAGCAGAGAAGCCCACCGAGGAGGCCGCACCCGCCGAGGAGCCAAAGGUGGAGGAGCCGAAGGCGGAGGAGAAGCCGGUCGAGGAGGCGCCCAAGACAGAGGAGGCCGCACCGGCCUCGCAGGAGGCGGCAUCAGCCGCGGAGGCCCCGGCCACCACAGCCGCCGAAUAAGUUUCGCGGGGGAAAGAGGGGAGAAAUUUGAAAGGAAAAAAAUGAAAAAAAGAAAGAUAAUCAAAGAACAUUCCCCUGUUUUGUAUGUUGGAGUGACGCCAGGUCCUGGCUUUGAAGAACUUGUCAUCAACCAGGGAUAUUUUAAAGCUUUUCUUUAUUUUUUUAUUUUUUGGGGGGUUUCCAUUCCCCUCCCCACCACCCCCUCCCCCCUUUACACAAAACCCAUCUCUGCCCCUUGUUACUUCUAUUCCAACGGGCUGUAGGGAGGUGGGUGGCUUCAAUAUGUACAACAGAUUAAAUACAUCCACACUAUGCCAUAUAUUUUUUUUCAUCAGUAUUACAUUUUCCUUUCUUGUUUUUUAAAAAAUUUUAUACAAAAUAUAAACAAAAUGGUAUGGACAUGCCCAUGGUAUGAAGGAGAGAAAGGGGGAGCUGUAAAGCAUGUUUGUGGGGAGGGGGGGGGCUGGCUGUGCUACAGACUAUUGAGAAAAGAGUAGUCUACCAACUAUGAGACCAACAUCAAUACGCCCGUACGGUUUUUACAACACACUAGGUUGUUUUUUUUUUACAAUAAAACAACAAGAAAAUCCCAGUUUUUUUUUUUUUUUUUUAGGAAGUCAUAUAAACGCAUAGGAGCUUUUCACUUCUCAUUAGCUGUACCAGUCAGUGAUUCAGUAGAAAUACAAGUUGUAUAGACUUUAUUGUUUACUGUUGGUUUUUAUGACCUUAAUAAAAUUAAAAAAAUGUAAGUAUGUAUAGGCGGGGUGUUUUUAACUGUGAUUAUUGUACAAAAUGAAAAAAAAAAUUCUUGAUCAAGAAGCACAUGAAGUUUGCAGCUCUUUUUUCCACCCUGCUCAUUUUUGUAAGAUAACAACACACACACACACACACACACACAAUAAGUCAUCCCGGGUGACCUUCUUAAGCAAUUUUGAAGUCAAAACCAAGCUGUGAUAAGUGGAAUGGUUAACUGUUUAUAUACUGUGGUAUGCUUUUUUGAUUACAGCAGGCGGUGCUUUUUCAGUGGUCUUUGACAAAACACCUUAAGGAAUCUAUCAGAUGCAAAUGUUUGUGUAGCAUCUUGUCUCUCUCUCGCUCUCUUUCGCUCUCUUUUCCUUGUGUAAAUACUGGAGAAGCUUUGACCAGUUUGACUUAGAGAUGUAACUUUGCUUACAAAAAAACCCUAAAAAAAACAAAAAACAUUGCUAUUAAAACUCCUCUGCUUAAGGUGUUCUAAUUUUCUGUGAGCACACUAAAAGCGAAAAAAUAAAUGUGAAUAAAAUUG